ACAUCACAUUUUGCCUAAUUGAAUCCAGAGUGAAGAACAACCAUGGCCGCCAUAACUCACCCACUUCACUCUCUAACCCUCACUUUCAAGACCCCAAACCCCAGAUUCACACCCCUCCCCAAACUCACCAUCUCAGCCACUUCAACUUCAAACAGACAUAUCUCCGGCCGAAAGCUAACCGCCGCCGUAAUCGGCGGCGGUCCAGCCGGAUCCUCUGCCGCAGAGGCAUUGGCAUCCGGCGGGAUAGAGACAUACCUCUUCGAGCGCAGCCCGAGUGGCGCAAAACCAUGCGGUGGCGCCAUCCCGCUCUGCAUGCUCGAAGAGUUCUCAAUCCCGCCGGAUCUCAUUGAUAGGAAAGUAACACAUAUGAAAAUAAUAUCCCCAUCUAACCUCACCGUUGACUUCGGUAAAACCCUGAAGCCGAACGAGUACAUCUCCAUGCUCCGCCGCGAAGUACUCGAUUCCUACCUCCGAUCACGUGCCGAAUCGAAAGGGGUCACGCUUGUUAAAGCACUUGUAACAAACCUUGACGUCCCGUUCCAACCUAACCAACCUUACAUCGUCAACUACACCGUCAACAACAGGAUGAAAUACCUUCCUGUCGACGUGGUUGUUGGCGCCGACGGCGCCAACAGCCGCGUCGCGAAAGCGAUUGGUGCAGGCGACUACGCCUGCGCCAUCGCUUUCCAGGAGAGAAUCAAACUCCCUGACGACAAAAUGGAGUAUUACGAAAACCUCGCGGAGAUGUACGUCGGAAACGACGUCUCACCGGACUUUUACGCGUGGGUUUUCCCCAAAUGCGACCACGUGGCGGUCGGCACGGGGACCGUGAGCUCAAAGCAAUAUAUCAAACAAUAUCAACAAGGGGUCCGGUCGAGGGUCCACCCGAAGAUCGCGGGUGGGAAGGUGAUCAAAGUGGAGGCCCAUCCGAUCCCAGAGCAUCCCCGACCGGUUAGAGUCCGAGGUAGGGUCGCUCUGGUCGGGGAUGCAGCGGGGUACGUGACGAAAUGCUCUGGCGAAGGGAUAUAUUUCGCGGCGAAGAGUGGGAGAAUGUGUGGUGAAGCGAUUGUGAAAGCGUCAGAGGGGGGUCACAGGAUGAUCGACGAAAGUGAUUUGAAAAGAGAGUAUUUGAAAGAAUGGGAUUCGCGGUACAAAAUGACAUUUAGAUUCUUGGAUUUGUUGCAGCAUGUGUUUUAUGGGAGCAAUGCUGCAAGAGAGGCUUUGGUGGAGCUUUGUGGAGAUGAGUAUGUACAGAGAAUGACAUUUGAAAGCUAUUUGUAUAAGAAAUUGGCUAAGGGAAAUAGUUGGGAAGAUUUUAAGAUGGUUUCGAAUACGAUCGGUAGUUUGAUAAGAUGCAAGCUUGUUGGGAAACAAAUGGAAGCAUUUGACCCAAAUGUUCUUGCUAAGGUUGUGGGAUGAUAUCCUGUAUUGAUUUGAAUGAAUAAUAGUGGUGGCAACUUGCAAGACUGCAUAAGAUUUCAUAACGUAUGUGCAUUUCUGUUGUAAGUUUGUAUUCUUUGACUAAUUAGUUCCACAAACACUAGAUUGUUUAUUUCCAAUAUGAAAAUGAGAAUGCAUUAAUAAGUAUUACUUA